AUGGCACCACUCAUUAGCCAUCUCUACACGGCUGACCCUUCAGCCCACGUCUUCAAUGGCAAGAUCUACAUCUACCCAUCCCAUGACCGCGAGACCAAUAUCAAGUUCAACGAUAAUGGCGACCAGUACGACAUGGCCGACUAUCACGUCUUCAGCACCUCGUCGCUGGACCCCCUCGAGCCCGUUGUGGACCACGGCGUAGUCUUGAAGACCGAGGACGUCCCCUGGGUCUCGAAACAGCUCUGGGCCCCGGACGCCGCCUUCAAAGACGGAAAAUACUACCUGUAUUUCCCCGCCCGCGACAAACAGGACAUCUUCCGCAUCGGCGUCGCCGUAUCGGACAAGCCCGAGGGCCCCUUCGUACCGGACACGGAACCUAUCAAGGGCAGCUACAGCAUCGACCCCGCUAGCUUCGUCGACGAUGAUGGUCAGGGGUAUCUCUACUUUGGCGGGCUAUGGGGCGGUCAGCUGCAGUGUUACCAGAAGGGCAACGACGUCUUCGAUGCCGACUGGCUCGGCCCCAAGGAGCCUAGCGGCGAGGGCGCCUACGCCUUGGGCCCGCGCGUCGCCAAGCUCACCGACGACAUGCACCAGUUUGACGGCGAGGUUCAAGAGAUCCAGAUUCUCGACCCGGGGACCAAGAAGCCGAUCCUAGCCGACGACCACGACCGCCGCUUCUUUGAGGCCGCCUGGCUGCACAAAAAGGACGGCCUGUACUACUUCUCCUAUUCGACCGGUGAUACACACUACCUCUGUUACGCGACCAGUGAUAGCCCGCUGGGUCCCUUCACCUAUGGCGGACGCAUUCUAGAGCCUGUUCUGGGCUGGACGACGCAUCACUCCAUUGUCGAGUUCAAGGGCCAGUGGUGGCUCUUCCAUCACGACUGCGAACUCAGCAGCGGCGUGGAUCACCUGAGGUCUGUCCAAGUCAAGGAGAUAUUCUAUGAUCAGGACGGCAACAUCACGACGGAAAAACCGCAGUGA